AUGACCAGUAACUUUUGCGCAUUUCUCCUUCUUUCCCUCCUCCAUGUCUCUCUGAGUGUGGAAAUGACAGGCUUAUAUGGCAGCCUCACCUCCCCCGGUUUCCCCGAGCCGUACCCGAACGACCAGCGCACGGCGUGGAACAUCACGGUCCCAAACGGCCACAGGGUCAAACUCUACUUCACCCACUUCAGCUUGGAACCCUCCGACCAGUGUGAAUACGACUACGUCCAGGUUUUGGCGGAGGGGAAUGAAACCUUGCGGUUCUGUGGAGAGGAAGAGAAGAACUAUGAAAGCGCCCCCAGGAACACCAUCAUCCUGUCGGCCGGGAACCUCAUGUCAGUGGUCUUUAGGAGUGACUACUCUAACGAGGGCCGAUUCACCGGCUUCCAAGCAUUUUACACCUCAGAAGACAUCAACGAGUGUCUUUCCAGGGUGGAUGGGGAGAGAGUGUGUGAUCACUUUUGCCAUAAUUACAUAGGGGGCUAUUACUGCACAUGCAGACAGGGACACCUUCUCCAUGACAACAAAAGAUCCUGCACAGUGCCGUGUCCUGGUCAGGUGUUGACGUCACCGUCGGGGGUUUUGACCAGUCCGGGUUACCCGAGCCCGUACCCACCCAUGAGUCAGUGUGAUCACACCAUCGCUCUGCCCCAGGGCUCCAGGAUCGUCCUGGACUUCCUGGAACCCUUCGACGUAGAGGGACACCAGGAUGUCCCCUGCCCGUACGACUCCCUGAAGAUUUCCACAGUAGGGCAGGACUACGGUCCGUUCUGUGGCUCAGCCCCGCCGGGCCGCAUCGACACGGGGAGCUACCAGGUUCACGUCUCCUUCAGGUCUGACUCAAGUGGAAAAAAUAAGGGCUGGAAGAUCCAGUACAGCAGCACCAAGGUGGAAAGCCUCAGUUGA